AUGGAUCAGACCGAGGAUGAGACGGUGACGAGCGAAAUCGCGGGGGACGUCACGACGGACGCGACAACCGACGACGACGCUACCGCCAAGUACGAAAGCGCCGGAGACGCCGUGUCCGGCGAUGACGCGGCGCGAGAUGAGAUCGAGGGAAGAGUCGACGAGGAGGAGGAAGAGCUUCUCCUGCGGCAGCACAGGAGCGAUCUUGCCGGUCGCAAAGAGCUGGGCCACGUUCGAGCGCCGGUGCCGUGUCCGACGCCGAAGUCGGAUUUGAUGGUGGAUCGCGCAGCCGGCGAGCGUCCCGGCCUCGUGGACGGUGAUUACGUUGUCGUAGAGUUGGCGACCGACGGCCCUUACGGCAAGUGCGUGUACGCCAACGUGGUGCUGCGCGGGCUGAAGGGCAUGCAUCUGCCGGAACUGAGCCCGCUGCGGGAACGCAGGAACACGUGGAAGUUCUGCCUGUAUCAAGCGCUCGUCGCUCUCUUGGCGAAAACUCAGCUCAGAUACAAGUACGCGUGGGGCGCCAAUAUCGAUUACAUCUACGACCACGCCUGGACGCUUUACACCCACGUCGGCGCGAUCAACGUGAGGAGGAGGCAACGCUUCGACGACGUGGUCGUGUACAACUACAAGUACAGCGUCGAGCUCGAGCUGAUUCAGGAGAUGAGGGACGUGCCGGUGGCGCGAGAGGUCGACGGGAAGUACGAGGAGAGCGAGUUGAAGAAGCAGAUCGCGUUGCCGAGGAAGGACCCGCUUAAGGUCCGGGUGGAGCUCGGCUGCCGGAAGAUCACGGAGCCGGCGAGCGCGCCGGUGCACGAGGACACGCGGCGGAUCGAGGAGUGGUUCGACCUGCUGGCCGCGCGCUACCGCAACUGCGUCCUCCGCACGAGCAGGUUCUCCCUGGCCUUCUGGCAGGACGGCCUCUUCUGGUACCUCUACAACCCGUAUCGCUGCGACAAGUACGGCUUCUGGGACGACGAGGGCCGCGCCUGCAUCGUCAAGUUCUGCUCCAGGGACUCUUUGCGGAGGCACUUGAUGAUCCUCUUACUGAGGGCCUACGCGCCAACGGACCCGGCUCGACAAUCUCAGAGGGACGUCUUCGACAUUCAGAUCUUCCACGUGACCUUCCACUGCUGUCAGCUGCACAACCUGAAGCUGCUGCAGCGCGGCCCGAGGCCGUCAGGAAGAGUCGACGAGUGCCCGUCGGAUCCUCUCGACGUCAGCGACGGCGAGCUGACGGAUCGAACGGACGACGACGGCACCCGGGACACGAGGGAAAAGGUCACGUGGCUGAAGCGCUUCCCGGUGACGUGGAGCAGGUGUCCGGCCAGCGGCCGGAAGCGGCGUCCGAGCGGCAAAGAGAGGUGGCAUCACUACUACGUCGAGGAAUUCAACCGGCUCUUCUCGCUUUGGGGCCAGAUACACGUGACCGACGGCAUGUUCGAGCGAGCGAAUCGCGGUAUGCAGACGUACGCCUGCUACGUGGUGUGCGCCGGCAUGACGAGGAUCACGGCGCCCGAGUACUGGGGCCCGAAGAUCCUCGACGUGAUCGUAAUGUGCGGGGACCGGUAUUACGCGCGCAGCAAGCUCGAGGCCGAAGGGAAGACCGGCGAGUACGCGCACGUGAGCUGCCGGUACCUGAGCGACCGCUUCGAGAUAGGCGGGACCGUGUUCGAGGCCCGGAUGUUGCCGGCCGUCCCCGGCAGACUGUACGCCAAGUCGGACGAGUGUCUGUGGCGCUCGCUCGAACGCACGUUCGCCGACCACCUGUUCGCCGUCCUCACCUGCGAGACCGCCUGCCUCGGCCUCUUCAAGUUCUGCGGCGCUUACUACAUGUGCGACGUCAACUCCUUCGGCCCGCCGCUCUUCAAGUACGGCCACGGCGCGCCGUACCUGAUGAGAGCCACGUCGUUCCGUAAAUUCCUCACGAUGCUGGUGGCGACCGUCGGCUCAUCCGACCGCAGCCGAUUCACCCUCAACCCCGUGGAGAUCCUCAAGGUCGUCGAAGCGCCGGCUUCUGCAUGA